UCAAGUGCGCGGCUCGGCGGAGCAUUACGGCGGCCGAGCGCUGCCCGGGCCGGCAGCGCGGAGCCCGCAGCGCGGCCAUGGCCGAGCGCCGCGCCUUCGCCCAAAAGAUCAGCAGGACCGUGGCAGCCGAGGUCAGGAAGCAGAUCUCGGGGCAGUAUGGAGGCUCCCCACAGCUCCUCAAGAACCUCAACAUCGGAGGCAGCGUCUCUCAUCACACCUCUGUGCCUCUCACAGAAGCCGUGGACCCUGUGGACCUGGAGGAUUAUCUCAUCACCCACCCUCUGGCCGUGGAGUCGGGGCCCCUGCGGGACCUGCUGGAGUUUCCCCCCGAUGACAUCGAGGUGGUUUACACCCCCCGCGAGUGCCGGACGCUCGUGUCGGCCGUGCCCGAGGAGAGCGAGAUGGAUCCCCACGUGAGGGACUGUGUCAGGAGUUACACGGAGGACUGGGCGAUCGUGAACAGAAAAUACCACAAGCUGGGAACUGGGUUCAAUCCCAACACCCUGGACAAACAGAAGGAGAGGCAAAAAGGGCUCCCCAAACAGAUCUUUGAGUCUGACGAAGCUCCGGAUGGCAACAGCUACCAGGAUGAACAAGAUGACCUUAAGCGCCGCUCAAUGUCGAUCGACGACACUCCCCGGGGCAGCUGGGCCUGCAGCAUCUUCGACCUGAAGAACUCCCUGCCUGAUGCCCUUCUCCCAAACCUGCUGGACAGAACCCCAAACGAGGAGAUUGACCACCACAACGAGGACCAGAGGAAGUCCAGUAGGCAUAAGGAGCUUUUUGCACUACACCCAGCACCAGAUGAGGAGGAGCCCAUAGAGAGACUCAGUGUCCCUGAAGUACCCAAAGAACACUUUGGCCAAAGACUCCUGGUGAAGUGUUUGUCCCUGAAAUUUGAAAUAGAAAUUGAGCCCAUUUUUGCAAGUUUGGCUUUGUAUGAUGUUAAAGAAAAGAAGAAGAUUUCAGAGAAUUUCUACUUUGAUUUAAACUCUGAGCAAAUGAAGGGAAUGCUUCGGCCUCAUGUCCCCCCUGCUGCUAUUUCCACCCUGGCCAGAUCUGCCAUCUUUUCUAUCACCUACCCAUCCCAAGAUGUCUUUCUAGUAAUAAAGCUGGAAAAAGUUUUACAGCAGGGAGAUAUUGGGGAGUGUGCAGAGCCUUAUAUGAUUUUUAAAGAAUCUGAUGCAGCAAAGAACAAGGAGAAGCUGGAAAAACUGAAAGGCCAGGCAGAACAGUUUUGCCAAAGACUCGGGAAGUACCGGAUGCCUUUUGCCUGGACAGCCAUUCACCUCAUGAACAUUGUGAGCAGUGCUGGCAGCUUGGAAAGAGAUUCCACAGAAGUUGAAGUUGGCACAGGAGAACGUAAAGGGUCGUGGUCGGAGAGGCGGAAUUCCAGCAUCGUGGGGCGGCGUUCCUUGGAGAGGACCACGAGUGGGGACGAGGCUUGCAACCUGAGCAGCUUCAGACCAGCCACCCUGACAGUGACCAACUUCUUCAAACAGGAGGGGGAUCGCCUGAGCGAUGAGGACCUGUACAAGUUCCUGGCUGACAUGAGACGUCCCUCCUCGGUGCUGCGCAGGCUCAGACCCAUCACAGCUCAGUUGAAGAUUGACAUAUCUCCAGCUCCAGAGAACCCCCACUACUGCCUAACCCCAGAGCUGCUGCAAGUCAAGCUUUACCCAGACAGCAGAGUCAGACCUACAAGAGAAAUCCUGGAGUUCCCUGCCAGGGAUGUCUACGUCCCAAACACCACAUACAGGAACCUCCUUUAUGUGUAUCCACAGAGCCUUAACUUCGCCAACCGCCAGGGAUCUGCCAGGAACAUCACAGUGAAAGUGCAGUUCAUGUAUGGAGAGGAUCCCAGCAAUGCCAUGCCGGUCAUCUUUGGCAAAUCCAGCUGUCCUGAGUUUUCCAAAGAAGCAUACACAGCUGUGGUGUAUCACAACAGAUCUCCUGAUUUUCACGAGGAAAUCAAGAUUAAGCUUCCAGCCACUUUGACAGACCACCACCACCUGCUGUUUACUUUCUACCACGUCAGUUGCCAACAAAAACAAAACACACCCCUGGAGACCCCAGUUGGCUACACUUGGAUCCCGAUGCUUCAGAAUGGCCGGUUAAAGACGGGUCAGUUCUGUCUUCCUGUGUCAUUGGAAAAGCCACCACAGGCUUAUUCAGUGCUUUCUCCAGAGGUUCCUCUCCCUGGGAUGAAGUGGGUGGAUAACCACAAAGGGGUUUUCAACGUGGAAGUUGUUGCUGUGUCAUCCCUCCACACUCAGGACCCUUACCUCGACAAGUUCUUUGCACUUGUCCAUGCUCUGGAUGAGCACAUGUUCCCUGUGCGAAUAGGAGACAUGAGAAUUAUGGAAAACAACUUGGAAAAUGAACUGAAGAGCAGCAUUUCAGCUUUAAAUUCCUCUCAACUGGAGCCGGUAGUGCGAUUUCUUCAUCUCCUGCUUGACAAACUGAUCCUUCUGGUAGUAAGACCUCCUGUCAUUGCAGGCCAAAUAGUUAACCUGGGCCAAGCAUCUUUUGAAGCGAUGGCAUCGAUCAUAAACAGACUUCACAAGAACUUGGAUGGCAACCAGGACCAGCAUGGCAGGAACAGCCUUCUUGCCUCCUAUAUUUAUUAUGUUUUUCGCCUACCCAACACCUACCCCAACUCACCAUCACCAGGUCCUGGUGGCCUGGGAGGGUCAGUGCACUACGCCACCAUGGCCAGGUCAGCCGUGCGCCCCGCCAGCCUCAACCUGAACCGCUCGCGCAGCCUCAGCAACAGCAACCCCGACAUCUCCGGCACCCCCACCUCGCCUGACGACGAGGUGCGCUCCAUCAUUGGCACCAAGGCUACGGAUCGAAGUUGUAAUCGUAUGUCUUCGCACACUGAGACGUCAAGUUUCUUACAAACAUUAACAGGACGAUUACCAACCAAAAAGCUUUUCCACGAGGAGCUGGCCCUGCAGUGGGUUGUGUGCAGCGGGAGCGUGCGAGAGGCGGCCCUGCAGCAGGCCUGGUUCUUCUUUGAGCUGAUGGUGAAGAGCAUGGUGCAUCAUCUGUAUUUUGCUGACAAACUGGAUGCACCGAGGAAGAAUCGUUUCCCGGAGCGCUUCAUGGAUGACGUGUCUGCACUGGUCAGCACAAUCGCUGGUGAUAUAGUCUCCCGCUUCCAGAAGGACACAGAAAUGGUGGAGCGGCUCAACACCAGCCUGGCGUUUUUCCUCAAUGAUUUGUUGUCCAUCAUGGACAGAGGAUUUGUUUUUGCUCUUAUUAAGACCUGCUACAAACAGGUGUCUUCAAAGCUGUAUUCCUUAACAAAUCCAAGCAACCUGGCAUCUCUGAGGCUGGACUUCCUGCGCAUCAUUUGCAGCCACGAGCACUAUGUCACCUUGAAUUUACCCUGCAGCCUGCUCACACCACCUGCAUCUCCAUCACCAUCUGUGUCUUCAGCCACUUCCCAGAGUUCUGGGUUCUCCACAAAUGUCCAAGACCAGAAGAUUGCAAAUAUGUUUGAGUUGUCUUUGCCUUUCCGCCAGCAGCAUUACCUGGCUGGGCUGGUGCUCACAGAACUGGCUGUCAUUCUAGAUCCUGAUGCAGAAGGUUUAUUUGGAUUGCAUAAGAAGGUCAUCAACAUGGUACACAACCUGCUGUCCAGCCACGACUCGGACCCGCGGUACGCUGACCCCCAGGUAAAGGCCCGGGUGGCAAUGCUGUAUCUACCUCUGAUUGGCGUGAUCAUGGAAACUGUGCCUCAGCUCUAUGAUUUCACAGAGAGUCACAACCAGCGGGGGAGGCCGAGCUGUGUCGCCGUGGACGAUUACGAGAGCGAGGGUGGCAGCAUGAUCAGCCAGACUGUGGCCAUGGCCAUUGCAGGGACUUCUGUCCCCCAGCUCACCAGGCCCAGCAGUUUUCUUCUCCCUUCUUCGAGUGGCAGGCAGCACUCCACCUUCUCAACAGAGUCCAGCCGCAGCCUCCUCAUCUGCCUGCUCUGGGUGCUGAAGAACGCGGACGAGAGCGUCCUGCAGAAGUGGUUCACUGACCUGUCAGUGCUGCAGCUCAACCGCCUGCUGGACCUGCUCUAUCUCUGUGUGUCCUGCUUUGAGUACAAGGGCAAGAAAGUGUUUGAAAGAAUGAACAGUCUGACGUUUAAGAAGUCAAAAGACAUGAGAGCCAAACUUGAAGAAGCAAUUUUGGGCAGCAUAGGGGCAAGGCAGGAAAUGGUCCGAAGGAGUAGAGGACAGCUGGAGAGGAGCCCUUCUGGGAGCGCCUUUGGAAGUCAAGAGAAUCUGAGAUGGAGAAAGGAUAUGACUCACUGGAGGCAGAACACAGAGAAGCUUGACAAAAGCCACAAACCAGCCAGGUCAAGGGCUGAGAUAGAGCAUGAGGCCCUCAUCGAUGGGAAUCUUGCAACAGAAGCCAACCUGAUAAUUUUGGAUACUCUAGAGAUAGUUGUACAGACCGUGUCUGUGACGGAGUCCAAGGAGAGCAUCCUCGGCGGUGUGCUCAAAGUGCUGCUGCACAGCAUGGCCUGCAACCAAAGUGCCCUUUACCUCCAGCACUGCUUUGCCACACAGAGAGCUUUGGUCUCAAAGUUCCCUGAGCUGCUGUUUGAGGAGGAGACAGAGCAAUGUGCAGACCUGUGCCUGAGGCUCCUGAGGCACUGCAGCAGCAGCAUCAGCACCAUCAGGUCCCACGCCAGUGCCUCCCUGUACCUCCUCAUGAGGCAGAACUUCGAGAUUGGGAACAACUUUGCCAGAGUGAAGAUGCAGGUGACCAUGUCCCUCUCAUCCCUGGUGGGGACAUCCCAGAACUUCAAUGAAGAAUUUCUGCGACGUUCCCUCAAGACUAUUCUGACAUAUGCUGAAGAAGAUCUGGAACUUAGGGAGACAACAUUUCCUGACCAGGUCCAGGAUUUAGUGUUCAACCUCCACAUGAUCCUGUCAGACACAGUUAAAAUGAAGGAGCACCAGGAAGAUCCAGAAAUGCUGAUUGACCUGAUGUACAGGAUUGCCAAGGGCUACCAGAAUUCCCCCGACCUGCGGCUGACGUGGCUGCAGAACAUGGCAGGGAAACAUUCCGAGAGGAGCAACCACGCCGAGUCCGCCCAGUGCCUGGUGCACUCUGCAGCCCUGGUGGCAGAGUACCUGAGCAUGCUGGAGGACAGGAAAUACCUCCCUGUGGGCUGUGUGACAUUUCAGAACAUAUCUUCCAAUGUUUUGGAAGAGUCAGCAGUUUCUGAUGAUGUUGUGUCCCCAGAUGAAGAAGGAAUCUGUUCUGGGAAGUAUUUUACAGAAGCUGGUCUGGUGGGAUUGCUGGAACAGGCUGCAGCAUCUUUCUCCAUGGCUGGCAUGUAUGAAGCAGUUAAUGAGGUUUACAAAGUCCUUAUUCCUAUUCAUGAAGCCAACAGAGAUGCCAAGAAGUUGUCUACUAUUCAUGGUAAACUGCAGGAAGCAUUCAGCAAGAUUGUUCACCAGAGUACUGGCUGGGAGUUCCUACUUGUGGAAUUUUUUUUCCCUUUCUCUGCCCCUUUUCCCCCCACCUCCCCUUUUUGUUUUUUGGUUGUUUUUUUUUUUUUGUUUUACUGUGGAACCCCCAAUUUCAUUUUAGCAAAGAGCUAUGCCAACAGCAGCACCCCCCUAAGGGCACAAGGAAUGUGGUGUUGCCAACUACAAGCAUUGCUCAGUGUCCUGAGUCUGGCACCAGAGCACUCCUGAGCUCUCCUUAAACACACCAACUGGUAGGCUUUGUGUGUUUAUUCAUGGAAUAAAUGUUGAAUCCAUUCUAUUUGUUUGCUUUCCAGUUAGGAAAGUUAAGAAAAAAAUCUCCUGCUGCACCAUGAGAAUUUAAAAGCUGUUUUUAAUCUGUGCAGGGGGAGGUUGCCAGUGGAUAACAGGGCUCCAGGAGCCGAUUCUUUCCCAAAAAAUCAGUAUUGGAAAACCUGUAGUAGUUGGCAACACUGCAAAGGACCUUGGGUUAAAAUUGAGCAGGGAAAUAACAGUGCUGAGUUUGGUAAAGAUGGAUUGGAUUCUGAAUUUUGAAGGAUUUGCUUUUGUUUCUGCACCCAUCAGACAGCUGCUGCUGUCUUGAUGAAGGAAGCAGAUGAUCCCUCUUGCAUCUGAUGUAUCUUUUUUUCCCCCCCCCAAAUCUUGUUGGCAAAGCUUUUUGUGUGCGUGCAAAAGAUAACCCCAAAACUUUAUUCCCAGCAAUUUGGAAAGGUAUUUACCAUGCAUAAUAACAAAUCAUGAACCUUCAUAAGUCAUGGUGGCUGUUACCUGCUCUGCAGUUGUGUGAUGGCUAUUCAGUGUUCACCUUCAUUCUCUUCUUCUCCCAAAAUCCUAUUAUUUUAUUAUAAAAUAAUAGGAGAUAUGAUGCUUUUAAUAAUUUCUCCCUCAUAUCUGCAUUUUUAGCUCCUCCCAGAAAAAAAGACCACAGAGCAUUAAGUUAUUUGGUCAAUUUUCCCUGCUGUGGUUGGGAAGUAGUUUGGUGUUACCUGAGGUUCAGAGAUCCCAGUACAGAGCCAUCCCCUGUCCCUAAUGCCAGGCUGAUCCCAGGGAAGUGGCAGCUCCUGAAUAUCCCUGGGAGGCCUGGAGUGCUCUGGAAGUGUUUCCCCCAAAGAGAUUUGCUCCCAUUCCCUUGCUUCCAGGCACAUAUUCCCAGCAUGAGUCACAUCAGGGGCUGACAGUGCUCCUCACUGCUGGCUCUGGAAUCUCUUUAACUGGGAUUCAACAUCUGUAUUUACCAGGGAAAGCCAGAACAGCUGGUCUGCAUAGGGAUGAGCUGGGAGCUGACCUCACACAGGGGCAGGGAAUCUCACCAGGCUUCCCUGGAGCUCUGCCAUUCUUGGGGCUCCCCAAUGCCCCAAAACUCUUUAUUUUAUGCAUUUAGUAAAUGCCAGCAGAACGCCUCAGUGAUUUAUGCUGAUCAGCAGACGACAUUCUCUUCCUCCCUUGUUACUUUUACCGUGCCUGUAACAAGGAGCUACCUGGGCAGGUGUCCAUGGCAAAAACUCACUUGUAGGGAUCUGGUUCUGCAAAUGCUUCACACCCUGGAAACCCCUGGCCAAGGAGGAAGGAAAAAACUCAUUAAUUAGAAAUCAGUGUGUCCUCAACCACCCCGUGCCAGGGUUGGGGCAGGAUCCCAUGGACUUUCCCAUGGAGCAUGGCCAAGCCUUGUGCUGGCUCUGGGGACCUGAUCCACGUAGCAGCUCCCCCCAAGCAGACAUGGAGUCAUGGAAUACUUUGGGUUGGAAAGGACCUUAAAGAGCAUCAGAUUCCAGCCCCACCUUCCACCAGGUGCUGCCUUGGGAAGGACUUAGAGAAAGGAACCCUGCAGUCAGAGCCUUCUGUCUGUGACAGAGGGAAGCUGUAAGUGCUGGGUGUUGAGGGAUUUUAGUGUGGAUAAUGUUACCCAAAACUGGCUUUGAAAAGGUAGUGAUGAGGAAAAAAAAGUUCAGGAGCUCAAUCCUGCAUAGAUCCAGAGGGAUGGGUGCUGGACAAAGACAGGGAAUCCAGGGAAAUGGCAGCAUCCAGUAAAACAGCAACAGCUCUGCAGCUGGAGUUCCCACCCUGGGAGUGCUCCUGGCAUCCUUUGGUGUGUCCCCUGGCAGUGGGGCUGGAGAAGAGCCCCUCUAUGCAGGAGAGAGCCUCUAGAGCAGGGUUCAGGGAGCCUGGGCACAGCCAGGGGUUGCUUUUUUGGGAUGAGGGCUGCUACUCGCCCCAGCUGCCUUUGGGAGGGCAGAAGUCAGCUCAGAAGUGGAAGUUUUUAGCCCUCAGGCACCCCCAGGGGGAUUCUCCAGAGUUUCCCCAAGCCAGAAGGCAGUGGCCAUGCCAGUGGUUUUUGCAGUCUGAAGUUUGCCUGAAGGGUUUUUUUUUUAGUUUUAGUUUGGCUUAUUUAUCCUAUUUACCUUCCAUAAAUCUUGUUCACUAUCACCACAAGAAAUCAGUUUUGCCAUAGAAAAAUCCUAAAAUAAAACUGGCAGCCAGGACACCUUUAAGGGCUGUUUGAAGCCAAAAUCUAACCCAGCUCAGGGACACUGAGUGUCCUAAAGUGCAUCACGCUUUGUCACGAGAGUAAAGGUGAACAUUUUGGAGUUUCUUGCUGAAAGGCAUCCCUGGUUUGUGCAUGCAGCGUGAGUUCUUUAACAAAAGCAAGGUGUGUUUAAUUUUUAAAGCAUUUUUCUUCUCUCUCUCUCUCUCUCUUUCUCUCUCUUAAUCAGAUUAUCUCCGUUGCCUUUCCAGCAAAAAAUCUUUCUUGUUUCUCUACUUUUGUUGCGUUUUGGGGCCAAAUUCACCACUGGCUCCCCUGGAAGC